AUGCCGGAGGCGGUGAUGGGCGUCGCUCCUCAGAUGCCAGAUUGGUUCAGCGAGGGGACCAAGUGCAACAGCUUGCAGAAGAAGGUGGGCACCACUAUCCGUCUCGUUCUAUCCAACGCCAGGGAACUGGCCGACGUCUCAGCCAGCCUAUUCCUUCGGUUCGAGCUCGCAGUCGCGACCGCCCUCAUCGUCGCCCUGUUGCAGUUCGGGAAAGACUGCGAUCGCAAGUCCCAGGAGAUGCGCGAGAAGGCGAAGGGGGGGGAGACGGGGGAGAACCAGAAGCGAGCUCAGACCAACAAAGAGAACAGGAUUCAGUUCUGGACGGAGCAGUUCUCCAAACUUCACUGGCGGGAGAUCGGUCGUGCUUGCGGCCGCUUACGGGUGGAGGUGCAACUUCCGGAGGAGAACGCCAUUCGGAAAUGCACUCUCUACAUGCAGAUCCACAUGAGGAGCAGGAUUGGGGACGUCUUGGCGGAGCUAGUGGAGGAGAUGGUGGUGUUGAGCCUGGACGCCCACCCCGCGGAGGCGCUGUUCACGCAGGCGGUGCACCUCAUCUCGCGGCCAGAGUUCCCCAAGCUGAGGAAGGGUGGCAAGAAGAAGGCGGGCGACCCGUUCCUGAAGAAGGAGUGGUACGACAUCAAGGCUCCCAGCGUCUUCACCGUCCGCAACUGCGGCAAGACCCUGGUCACGCGCACGCAGGGCACCAAGAUUGCCACCGAGGAGCUGAAGGGGCGCGUGCUGGAGCUCAACCUGGCAGACCUGAACAACGACGAGGACCAGGCCUACAAGAAGGUGAAGCUCUGUAUCGAGGAGGUGCAGGGCCGCAACUGUCUCACGGACUUCCACGCGCUGGAGCUGACCCGCGACAAGCAGCAGUCCCUGAUCCGCAAGUGGCACACGCUGAUCGAGGCCCACGUGGACGUGAAGACCACGGACGGGUACCUCGUGCGCCUCUUCUGCCUCGCCUUCACCAAGAAGCAGCCUGGGCAGGAGAAGAACAACUGCUACGCGCAGACGGCCCAGAUCCGCAAGAUUCGCAAGAAGAUGACGGACAUCAUGACCGGCGAGGUCAACAAGGUGCAGCUCCGGGAUCUGGUGAAGAAGCUCAUCCCCGAGUCCAUCGGCAAGCAGAUAGAGAAGGAGACACAGGGCAUCUUUCCCCUGAAGGACGUCCACAUUAAGAAGGUUAAGAUCCUCAAGAAGCCCAAGUUUGACAUCACCAAGCUCAUGGAAAUGCACUCUGGUGGGGAUGACGCGGGCGUCGAGAUGCUCCGGCCAGAGGAGGACGAAGCGAAAAACCUCUUGACCGCCAGCGUCGAGAAGGCCGACGAGGAUGACGAGUGA